CCCAAAACCAACCAAUUUCACAAACCCCCACCCCCUCUCUCUCUCUCUCUCUCUCUCUCUCUCACACAUAUAAACACACGCAUAAAACCCUUUUGGUUUCUCUCCCUUUGAGCUCUGAAUCAACGUCUUCUCCAUCAGAUCUCUUUCUUGGAGACCUGAUAAAGAUACCCUUUAGUUUUCUUUGAAUCUUGUGUUGAUUCGUAUCAUAAAGUUACACAGUUUGUGUGUGUACUUUAUCAUAUGGCGAAUGGUGUGGAGAAUGGGUGGACAAUGUUUACCGAUGAGGAGGUGAGGGAGAUGAGUGGGUUUAAAAGUGGCGGCGAUGAUUACGUGGAGGUCACGUGCGGCUGCACGAGCCACCGCUAUGGUGAUGCUGUUGGAACCCUUAGGGUUUUUGUUACUGGAGAUCUUGAAAUAAGCUGUGAAUGUACCCCUGGGUGUGAUGAAGACAAGUUGAGCCCAGCUGCAUUUGAGAAGCAUUCUGGAAGAGAAACAUCAAGGAAAUGGAAAAAUAAUGUUUGGGUAAUUGUUGACGGGGAAAAAGUUCCGCUAUCAAAAACCGCACUUCUUAAGUAUUACCAUAAAUCUUUGAGCAACGGGUCCCAAAGAUCACAAGCAGGUCGCGGUUGUCAUCGGGAUGAAUUUGUUAGAUGCACAAAAUGCAAUAAACAUAGACGGUUUCGCCUUCGCACAAAAGAGGAAUGCCGCUCGUAUCAUGAUUCUUCUACAAAUGCUAACUGGAGCUGUUCUGAUAACAAAAUAACAUGUGAUGAUGAUGAGGAACGAGCAAGCCGGAGGGUAUACAGAGGGUGUACGCGUUCGCCAAGCUGCAGAGGCUGCACAUCCUGUGUUUGUUUCGGUUGUGACAUAUGUCGUUUUUCUGACUGCUCAUGCCAGACAUGUAUUGACUUCACCAACAACUCAAAAGCUUAGGAAUUUACAAAUAUCUUAAUAACUACAUGGUGCUGUUGGCAUGUUCUACUACUUAUCAACUCAUUGGAAGCAUAUUAUUGUUUGUUUAAACAUGAAUCCUAUUUGAUGAACUCUUUUUAGAUUGGAAAUCUUUCAAUUAAUAACUAUCAAUAUCUAUUUAUCUGA